AUGCAGGAGGAAUACAUCAAGAGCUCAAGUGCAACCCUUCCCUCCGACAUUCGCUCGUGCAGAAAACUGUCACCCAGCAAGGAGGGCUUCAGCGACCACUCCAGCCAGUUGCAUGGUGAGAUGGCUCGGAACUUGCAGAAGAGCAUCAAGCACCGCACCCUCUACCUCUUAGAGCAGCUGAAAGUGGAGAAGGCCAGCCGGGACCAGAACACUGUGAGCUACCUCAAGCUGGUGUCCAAAGCCGACCAGAGCCAGGCCCUGCACAUCCGCCAGGCCUUCGAGAAGGUGAACCAGCGGGCCUCUGCCACCAUCGCCCAGAUAGAGCGAAGGCUCCAUCAGUGUCGCCAGCAGCUGCAGGAGCUGGAGAAGGGCUGCGAGCCCAAGGGCUCAGUGGCAAAGGAGGAGAGCAGCUCGGACAAUGGCUGGCAGCCCUGGGAGAAGGCCCCGUUUUUAGAGGCUCCCAAGCCAGGUGGGAAAGACGGUUUAGCCACCAACCUGUCUGGCAGGCCCUUCCCACUGGACCGUCAAUUGUGGGCCUCACAGCAGGCGACGUCAUCAGAGUCGCAGGCAAACUUGCUAUUGCAGAAGGUGAAGGAAGAGCUCAAAGAAGCUCAGAAAGCCCACCUUGGCCUCCAGGUGUCCUUUCAGGGCCUAAAGGAGAUGUAUCUCACAGACCUGCAGCUGUCGCUGGAGUGCCUUCAGGAGGAGAAAUGCAGACUAACGGUGAUGGCAGAACUGAUGAAUGAGCACCUGCAGCGGCACCUGGAUGAAAUUUACUGUCUCAAACAGAAUCUGGCCUACGCUGAAGAGAAGAUGGCCUAUCUUUCCUAUGAGAAAGCCAAGGAAAUAUGGAACGUCAUGGAGACUUUUAAGAGUCGUAUAGCCAAGCUGGAAACUCUACAGCAAGUGACUCAACCAAAUAUGACAGAGAACCUCAGGAACUGUCCCCAGAAGCUUGUGUUCCAAUUUCUGAACCUGCUCCUCACGCUGGCCACCAUCUUCCUGGUCUUCAUCUCUACUGUGUGCACCUUUCCCUUGACACAGUUGAAUUCGCGCCUGCGCAUGUGCAGCGUGAUGGUGUUGAUCGGCAUUGGGGCCCUGGCCUGGCAGAAUUGGCAUGCCAUUUCUGCCAUGGACUGGCAGGCCUGGGUUGCCUCCAGAUGGAGACUGUAUUCCAAGGACGCCAAACCUCUACCAGGCGGGCCUUAACGGGCCUGUGUGGGCCCCCAGCUC